CACCAAUUGCCUCGCUCAAUUCUCACAUUCCUCGACAUAUCUCGCCCGCAUCCUCUUACCCGAUAAGAUCUUGCUUUUCUCGCUUGUCUUAGGUGUACCUCCCACACGAAAGCCUGGCCAGAUAUUCUGUCUCCCGUCUCCCUCGCCACGCCACGCCGCCGACAUGGCCAACCGGCAAAUGACACGGCGCAUCGCCAUCAGCGCCGUGAUUUCGAUAUGCCUAGUCUUUUUCCUCUUCAUCCGCCCACAGGGCCCUCCUAGCCCCGCCGUCCGAGCUCCCGGGCACAUCUCCCACGGUGCGACGCCCGCGUCUGGCAUCACGAUUCAGGAGGAUACACUGAAAGGGGCGGUAGUGAUGCCGAAACUGGGUAAUGCCACGGCCAAAGCGGAGCUGGGCCGUGCAACUUGGAAAUACUUUCAUACUGUCAUGGCGCGAUUCCCCGAAAAGCCUACGGAAGACCAGCAGGAGGCGCUGCGCUCUUACAUUUUCCUUUUCGCGCGACUAUAUCCUUGCGGCGAAUGUGCGGAGCAUUUCCAGCAACACUUGAACAAAUACCCGCCGCAGGUAUCAUCGCGCAAAGCCGCGGCCGGAUGGGCCUGUUUCAUCCACAACGAGGUCAAUGCGAUGUUGGAGAAACCGGAAUUCGAUUGCACCAACCUUGGCUCGUUCUACGACUGCGGCUGUGCCGAGAACGAGAAGGCGGAGAAAGGUAGCGAGGACAGUCAGAGUAAGGAGGGACAUUCGGCGGCGAGCCGGGGCGAUGGGAAGCAGGAUCCGGCCGAUCCACAUGAUCACCUGGCCGUAGAGAUCUCAAAGGAAGAGACUACGCGCGGUUGACCGCUUGAUUCCUUCUUUGAGUCCCUGUGAACCGAAUCCCCGUUCUCAUUGCACUUGCACGGCGUUCUUUUCUUUUUCCUCUCAGGUUUCCUCACUAGAAGAACAUCCCCUGGAGCUGGUCUCUAUGUACAGUACUUGUUUUGAUAGAUUCCCCCAUAUAUACCCAAUGCGCGUGUGGCGCACAUCUUCUGCAGACCAGCCCGAGCCCGAGCGGCGCGAGCCAUCCCCGUACUGCAUCGACUAUCAAGCAUCCUUCUAAUUGUCCAUUUUGUUUUGACGGGGUCUAAAGGAUGCACUUGCAACGACAGGGAUUACGACUGUCGAUCUUCAAGUGUCCCUCGGGAGCGUGACCCGAACGACAUCGUCAACCCAGGCUCAACCGCUGUCCGGUGAUCCCAGGCUAUAAUUGCGUUGCGCAUGACCCGCCCGGUAGUGCGAGUUUGUUUCUACUCUUUCCGGCCACUUUGCCGUACAUUCACUUGGAGAUACGGGAAGGGUGUCUCGACGCCGUUGAUACUACCAUGCUACACUCCUGCCGACACUGCCGUCAUACACUAGCCGGUGCCAUCCCGCCGAAAUACAGUAUCUUGAUCGUCGGCCCUAGGCUAGCGGCGGCGUGAUGUUGCCAUGUCGUAUCCUUGUGAUACAAGAGACACCGACACUAGUGCGAUAAUGGGCGCAAUGCGCAGGCCCAUGACGAUACAUGGGAAAGAGAGCCCACCCCCGUCGAGGAGACUACGAAGGAUGAAUGCGCAGAAUGCGGAAUGUUUACGAAGUACAUAGUGUAUCUAGGGUAGAUUGGAAUCAGCAUCGUGUGCGAGAUCCUCUUGUCCAGGAUCUGGAAUCUAUGGUCCGAGCUUUUCAUCUUCCU